AAGAUAGUGGUUAUUUAUCAAAACAAACAAAUGUCAUAGCACUUACCCAUGGUUUUAUUUUGAAAGUGUAAAUAGGAAAGUAUGUAUUUUGGUAUUGCGCCCAGCUUUACUGCUGUAGCUGUGUGGUCGGGUUGGUCAGCCUUGACAGGAGGGAAGAAUGAGACAUUUCUCUGCUCGAAUCAUGCAAGCAUGGGAAUAUUUGGAGGAAAAAUCAGUUUGACAGCUCAUUCAAACAAAAGAGACAUGUGGAGGAGCCUAACACUCUCACUGGUAGUUGCACUGGUGCUAGGCACAGAGGUGUCCCAGUCUGAGGAUGUGGGGUCCACGGUGGCUGUCGAAAAAGCAGUGACUGGCGAGCAGGACAAUUUCAGCGACAUAUCCGCUGUAUUUGGAAUGUCCCGACAUCAGAUUCUGGCUGCUCAGUUUGAGUGUUACUUGAAGAUUAUCCAUGAUCCGCCACACUCAGAGGAAGGUACCUACUGUAACCGUACAUGGGACGGCUGGCUGUGCUGGGGGGAUUCAGCUCCAGGCGUUGUCAUGCAGAUGUGUCCUGAUUACUUUCAUGACUUUGACCCUGCUGAGAAGGUCACCAAAGUGUGUAAUCCUGAUGGCCAGUGGUUCCACCACCCAGAGAGCAACCGAAUCUGGACUAACUACACCCAGUGUCAGACCUACACUGAAGACAAACUCAAGUUCGCCAUCAGUCUCUACUACCUGGCCAUGGUGGGUCAUGGUUUGUCUAUUGUCUCCCUAAUCACCUGUCUGAUCAUUUUCUCCUACUUCAAGAGUCUUAGCUGCCAGAGAAUCUCCCUGCACAAGAACAUGUUUCUGUCCUUCAUUUUAAACUCCAUUGUUACUAUCAUGUGGCUCUCUCUCACUGUGGCCAAUAACCAAGCCAUAAAUGCCAGCAACCCCGUGAGCUGUAAGGUCCUGGCUGUGCUGACUCAAUAUACAAGCACUUCCAACUACUUCUGGAUGCUGUGUGAAGGCAUCUACCUCCACACACUAAUCAUAGUGGCUGUCUUUGUUGGAGAACAGCAGCUCUUCUGGUACUACAUCCUGGGAUGGGGUUUUCCUUUUGUUCCUGCCAUCAUGUAUGCUGUGGCUCGUGGGCUCUACUUUAAUGACAAGUGUUGGAUUAGUUCAAACACUCACCUGGUCUACAUCAUUCAUGGGCCCAUUCACGCUGCACUGCUUGUGAACUUUUUCUUUCUCAUGAACAUUGUCCGAGUUCUGGUCACCAAGCUAAAGGAGACCCACUGCGCUGAGUCCACAACUUACAUGAAGGCAGUGAGAGCCACACUCAUCCUCAUCCCUCUUCUUGGAGUCCAGUUCAUCCUUUUCCCCUGGAGGCCAGAGGGACGCAUCAGCCGUGCCAUUUAUGAUUUCUUUGUACAUAUCUUCUGUCACUUCCAGGGACUCCUGGUGGCAAUUAUAUUCUGUUUCUGCAAUGCAGAGGCCCAGGCAGCCCUGCAGAGGAGGUGGGCUCAGUGGAAAUUUGCCUGGGGCAAAACCAGCUGGGGAGCAUCACCCAUCACUAGCAGCCAUUUCAACUACCACACCAACCGCUCCAUCUCCGAAACCAGUCGCGCCACUAUCAGCUCGGAGCAACAUGCUCUUGCACCUUUUGAACAAAGCAGACACUUCCUCUCCGAGAUCCCAAAGAAGGCCGGCAGGCAGCAAAUUCAAAGCAACACGUGCAGCAACGGGGAGUUGGACACUCUCAACAAGAUGGAGACCACUGACAUAUGACUGGAUAAAGCAUGGAGAUGUGCCAAACAAAUACACACUUACACAUAAACGCAAAAAAGGCAGAAGACUAAAAAGCAGAGAGGUAGCCAGCGAGUUUUCAAUAUAAAGGUUAACUGAUUGGACUGUGUCCAAAAUAUCUGAAGAGAGCGUAAAAAGUAUGUGGUGUUCACAUGCACAUUUUUAAAGCAGCAUUUCCACCUAUUGAACUUGUAUGAACUGAUGAGAAAAACUCAUUUAUAUCAUGGUGUCAUUCUGUAAAAAUUAAUAAUAGUUUUUGCUGGAAUUAAGUUCACUACCUAUUUAAGUUAAUGUUUGUUUUCUUAGUUUUUUAAGCAUGUUCUUUAGGUCCAUAUCCCAAAGCUGCCACUUUGAUAUCACAAAUGCUGAGCUGUGUGCUCGUGUGGCUUGCUGCCUUAUGAACCCUUUGAAUGCUUUACUUGUGCACUACUGUGACAAGUGAAUGUCAUAGUGAUGUAAUCAAACGUGUUCUUUUACAUGCCUUUAUUGAAGAAAGAUAAUGAACAACCUGCAGAAAAGAACUGAAACUACAACACACUGAGAGAAACACUGUUAACAGAAACACAACAUAGUAAUAAUGAUUCAGAUUCAUAUAGGGUUUACUGGACUUUAAGUCAGACAAAGUAGCCAACAUGCUUAAAGUUUUGAACAUAUUAAUUCUGUAGGGCAUGAUGAACAAAUGGACGAAACACAGUGACUGCAUAUUUGCUCAAAAAUGAGUAAAAAGCAGAAUACUUUAUAAUAACUUUUAGACAUCUGACUAUCUGGUGAGACAGCCACAGCUAACGAAAGCUUUAUGAACAGACAAACACUUAGCAAAACAGAUACAGUAUAUUUUAUGUACAAUAUGUAAAUAAUGCAAAUAAAGUUUUGGGGUAAAACAAAAAUAAAUGCAGGCACUGCAGCCUGGCUGUCGGUUACACUGUUUUCUGAUUAAACAUAAUCUUUAAAGCUUU